UGAAAAAUGCUUAAAAAAUCCUCUUUGUCCCUGGUACUCUGAGAUGGGAACGAAAUUUAGAUCAACAUUCUUAUUUUAUUACUUAUACCUAUAUUAUUUUUAUUAAAUUUUUUAUAUAGUUAAGAUUAAAUAUAUUAAUCGUCGUAAAAUCAAUCCGAAAAGUCAUCUUUGCGAUUUUUUCUAUCGAGCCAGUUAUUGAAAUUUAAGUUUCUGUUUUUAGCAAACAAUCGACUAUAUGUAUAAUUUCCAUGAAAUGAUUUUUAUUUGGCAAAUAUUAAUAUAGCCUUAUAAGAAAAUUAGUUUAAAAAGUGGUAAUUUCAUACAACCUGGCCUUAAAUUUUCAUACACAGCUUCAUACAUAAUAUGUUUAUUACAGUUAUAACAACAGUAGUGAUCUCGGAAUCGGCAUGGGAAAAUUUUAGAGGACAACAAGGUUUUGACCAAAACAGAGUAUUCAUAUUUUAUCCAUCGAAUAAUCGCUUUCCACGUCAAGAUUCGACUGAUUAUUUUAAUUAUGAUGAUUCAAGCGAUUUUUCGGAGGGAUGGGGAUUUAUAAAUAGAGGACAAAUGAGAGCUCAACAGCGGCAGCAGUUUUUCCCACAAAUUCCCACAUCUCAAACAGUUAUAAACACAGCCACAUGCAUCAGAAAUUGUCCAACCACAUCAGAAUAUAACCCUGUGUGUGGCACCAAUGGUGUUACCUACACGAACCCUAGUCGAUUAGAGUGUGCCAAAUUUUGUGGAGUUGAUGUACAACUUUCAAGAAAUUCACGCUGUCCAAUCGAUGGCUUACCUACAUCAAGUCCAACCAAUGCACUAACACCAUCUCCUCCCCCUAUAAUCCCAACACCGUCUCCUUUACCUAUAACUCCUACACCUUCACCAGUAACUAUCACUCCUUCACCAAUAACAUUAACACCUUUCCCUAUAACUCCUUCUCCUUCACCUUUGACCCCUACACCUACACCUACAACUCCUGAAAAAGAUAAUGAUUUUCCUGUUACUCCAAAUAAUCUAGACUUUACUAUUUCCCAGGACAUUUUAGAUGAUAUAUUCACUACAAACUAUGGACAUUUAAUAGAUGAAAGGCAUGAAGAUUAAAUCAAACCAGUAUAAUUUGUUAAUGAUAAUUUAAGGACAUUAGUAAUAAAUUGAAUUCACAAACAAAGGAAUAAUUGUUUUUAUAGUAAUAAUAAACUAUUACUCAUUCUUAAUUAUUUAAUGGUACAUAUUUAGUACAUGUAAUCAAAGAUUAUAUAAGAUACGUAGAGAAUUUCGUUUUGAUCAGUAGUGUGACAACAUUUGAUGGUUACUCAAUAAGAAUACUUUACUUUUCAAUUCUAUCUAUUGAAAUGUGUCUACUGUUAGUGUCAAUAUCUCUGCUUGAAAGAUUUUGGUGUGCUUCGAUAAUCCGUAAGUUUUAUUUUUAUUUUAAUGUCUUUUGCUGGACUUGACUUUCUAUACAAAAAUUAUAUUUUUAUAAUUUUCUGAAACUUGAAGAUUUAAAAAAAAAUUUGAACAUUAUAAUUCUAAGAAAGGAAACUUAAACAAAAAUAGCACAAAAACGUUAAAGUAGUACAGUUUAUCAAAUACAUUUCCGAUUAUUAUUUAAUUUAUUGUAUUCCUCUUAUCAUAGCAUUGUCAAAAUUUUCUAUACCAUGCAGUGGAGAUAUUAAUGGAUGUCUUCAAACCUCAAUUCAGAAAGUUAUAGGCACAACUUUCGCCAAAGGAAUACCUGACAUAGGAGUGAAAAUACUUAACCCUCUGAUAGUACAACGGUUGUACCUUAACCUACCUGAAGAUCUUAUACAGUUUCGACAGGGUUAUGGAAAAGGUCUGCGGAAUUGUGUGAUCGAAAAUACGAGGUAAUUCUCUUUUUAUUUUCAAUCCUUUUAAAAUACGCUAUAUGGUGACUAUAAUUUCCUUUAUUUUCCUGACUUAAAGUAUUUUAUUAUUUUAAAUGGUUUUACAUUAUUUCAUUGGAUUAUCAGCCAAUUCCACAAAUUUACAUUAAAAUUGUAAUUAGUUUACCGAUACGACGUUACCCAUACAAAUUUGACAUUCGUUAGUACUUAAAGGCGUCAUUAAACCUUAAGGGACGUUAAGGCACCUGACCGUAUGAAUAUUAAAGUAUAACUUUAAAUAAUGGAACAUGGACAUUAUAAAGAGAACCGUUGUUAUAGUAAAAAAUAUAAGUAUGUUUCGAUAAAUUUUAAUGUUGUAAAUUAUUUAAUGUAAAUUCUUAUUAAUUAAAAACAAUAAACUAAAUAAAACUAAAUGUAAGAAAUAGAUUUCUUUUUGUAUAGAUAAUAAAAAAUAUUUUUCUAAAAUAACAUUGUUAUUUUUUUACUUAACUUUAAAAAACCUUACCUAAAGUGCAAAACGGAAACCCUAUACUACUGCUACUUGUAUGUCACCAGGCUGUAUUUCAUGAACUGUAAAAAUUAGACAGUUUAAAUUUACACAGACGAUGUAUUUCUGAUGUUGCUUCUACAACAAAUACUAAAAACCAGAAUAAAAUAAAUACUUAAGGGGACUCCCAUAUAAAGAGCAUGAUUUUUUUUUAAUUUCGUCAGGUAUCUCAUGAGUCGUGAUAGUUAGACAAUUGAAAUCUUUACAGAUAAAGUGUUUCUGAUGCCGCUAUAACAACAAAUACUAAGAAAUAAAAUAAAAUAAAUAUGUAAGGGGCCUCCCAUACAACAGACGUUCGGCACGGAAUCCUUCGUGCGCAAGUCCGACUCGCACUUGAACGUUUUUAUUAUUUAUAAUAUGAAACAACUAGACCUGUAUGCAAUAUUUCACUUUAGUAGUUUUUAUUUAACUGCUUUGAAACUCCCCAUUCGAUUUGAUUCGAAACCUGUAGGCCUGAUGAUUAAUAAGAGCUUAAAAAUACCUUAUUUUUACUUUUAUAUCGUUUUUAUAUCAUCAACAAAGCAAAUGCUACUGAAAAAAAAAAACAAAACCAAACCGAAUGGAAGUUUCCUUAAAUAGGUAUAUGAGCCGCUUUUGUAAUAAAUAUUAUUAUUUACCUUUUCUUACAAAAUCAUUCCGGAAAUGCUGGAAAAACGAAAGAAGUAUUAUUCCUCACUGUAAUAUUAAAAAUAAUACUCUAUUUUUCACUUUCUCAGCAUUUUCCAGCUUUGUUUUUUAGAAAUUCCUUUCAAAAACGGUGCCUGUUUCUGUAGAACUUUCUUUGUCUUCUGUUCUGUAAAACAGCUUUUAAGAAUAUAAAUAAACUUAAUAACGCAAACUCUACUAAAAAAAUCACAAUAUUCCUAGUGUAAUUAUCUAUACAAUUUUUUUUUUUCAUUAUGAAUUUUAUACAUAUCGUUGUGAAACAUAACGUAUCAACAAUUAACGAAUACUGCAUUCAAUUCACCAUGUGUCAUCUACUAAAUCUCCGUAGCUUGUAUGUAAUGAAAAUAUUGUUAAAAUUUUUCUAAAAUAUAGUAUUCGGAUUAAGGGAUAAAUAAUAUAUCUUCCUGGAGGUAUGACAAUUGGAUGGGUAGGAGUCAAAGGUGAAGGGAUUAGGAGUUAUAGGAAAAGGAGUGAAGGUUCUAUUAAAGAAAUAAUGAUUAAAGGUUGGAGGACUUCGAUGUUAAAGUGUAUGUACAGAGUAGGUGAACCUAUAUCUUUUUUAUAUACUUUUUUAUGUAAUCCAACACCUUUUCUUUUGUUUCUUCAGAGCAAUUCCUUAUUAUUUACAUUACUUAGCACCAGUUAAAUACUUUUUUAUAACCCAGGGGAAAUGUACCUUAAGCCUUAAAUCAGGGCUUUCCAGCGACGCCCCUGUCCGGAGAAGUACAGAUUGAAGCGAAACUGGCAUACCUAGUAAAACCCGCUGCGAGUACCAUCUUGUGAUGGGGGGGGGAUACCUAAUUGCA